AUGGCUAAAUGGACCCUUUCCAAUGAAUACAAGCAGGCUUGUAGCGUAGCCGUGGUCGCAUGCUCUACGCCGUUCGACUUGUCGUUGGGCGGGAAAUGGUACCAUGGUAAAUGUCCUCAUACUGGACCUUCCAGGCUCUCUCGUUUGCCCCCUGAUGACUGCUUCGUCCGUGUCUCUCCUGAGCCGGAGUCCCAGUCCGUAAUAUGGCUUUGCAUAGGCUUCCUUGUAAACGGGGUGGUUGAUGUCGUCCCUCGGUCGAUGGGGUCGCUCUCAGUCCGCAGAGCUCCCCAAAGAUCUUCCGUAGGUGCUCUCGAUGCUGAAACGUGCUUGAAGCGAUCCAAAGGCGAGCCCUGCUCCAAACCUGGUUCUUCCAUGUCGAACGGUUUUGGUCUUUCUUUGUCUGGCCGAAGCCAUUCACCAACUUCCCACCACCGUCACGAGAAGAAGGAACGCAUUCACGCGAAUCUCCACGAUCUCGGACUUUUGGACGGACCCCGUCACAGGAAGAGCAAGAAGAAGGCCGUCGAGUUCAGUUCGGCUGUGGGCCAGGGCAACAGAUAUCGUCCCUCCUCGCGCAGCAGCCACUCGCACCACCACUCAAGCAGCGCGGCGAAAUCCCUCCCUUCCCACACGCAGCGAUCGAACCUAUCUUUCGAUUCGCAACUACCGCCCCAUUCCGGCAGAGGAAUGGCUGGUGUAAUGGACAUUGAGAGAAGUCGAACCCGACGAGAGAGGACCUUUAUCGGCAGUGAAUGUUGCGUAUGCGAGGAAGACUUGUCAUAUACACUUCGCGGCGAAAAGGUCCUGCAACUGUCGUGCUCACAUGUGUCCCACGAGGCCUGCUUCUACGAGUAUAUACGCGAAUUCGACUCGCAUCAUUGCCCGACAUGUGAUGCGACCUUGGCGCUAGACACCAGUCGGGGAGCCAAUGUAAACCUCGAAAAACUGUCCACGAUAGUGCGCUCUGCCCAGAGCGAACCGUCACAUUCACAGUCUGGAAGCCACCGCAGCGCCACCAACACGCCCACUCCUUGGGACAAUCAGACGAUCCGAUCAGAAGAACAACAUAGCCAGAUCCAUGGCCGUUCACGCAACGGGAGCGACGCCUCAGGACGGUAUCCGGUUUCCCACCCGCGAGCACGUGACAGCAGCCAUAGUCGAGACCGGGGCUCGGAUCGAGGUGGAUCCAUGUCGAGAGCGCAUGGCCGCAGUGAUUCUGGCGCAACAGGCGUCGCCUCCUCCAACGACUACGCAGCAACCCACGAUGGCCGACGACAUGACUACGAUGUGCAGUCCAUGGAGACGAGCCUUAGUCCUCGCGGCCUGAUCAAGAGCCCAAUCCCCCCGCCCACCGUCACGGUUCGCAGCGAAUUUCCGACUCUUAGCAGAUCACGCCAGCAACAGAGCUUGACCUGUCUGAUCACCAUCGAAGUAGUUGACGGCAAAUGGCGUCCGAAUCCAGACGACGUGCGCGGUGUACCGCCGUUGCCCGCUGUUGGCAGCUCGGCGGAGAGCAGUUACAGGCGUGAGAAGUCGCCGGUGAAUGCCAGACAGCUCGAGCAGCAAUACGAGUCCACGGCGGAACUGGAUGAGAUUACGGAAGACUUGCAUGCUCGCGUCGACAACUGGCAUGGCUUGGACUUCUCGCGAUUUGGAAAACUUCGACUGCACGGACACAUCCGCGUUGGGAAGGACCGGCAGUCCUGGCAGGAGCUCGAAUGUUAUCUGUUCUCCGAGAUGCUCAUCUGCGUCAAGGAGAAGAAGGUUGCACCGCAGCCCCAGUGGGAUGUCUUGGGUGCUGCAGCGGACAAGAAGACCAAGUGCACGCUCAAAGGCUCCAUCCUCAUCAAGAAGCACUUGAUCCAGGUCGAGCAUUCACUGGACGACCUCAUCCUAACCCUCAGUCUGUCCGUCGCUGAGCUCCCCUCAUUCCACCUACAGUUUCCCGAUCGCAGUCAGCUAGAGUUGUGGCGACGAGCUCUCAUGGACAUCCGUCUAGAGUUCCCCAUGAGCAACAAGAUGGCCGAUUACGACCAAGACAACUCCGGGACCGAGGACGACGAGUACCGCAGGCCGAAACGCGUCUCGUCUGUCAAUUCAUCAUACGGUGCGGGCAGGUCCAUCAUGACUGCGCCCACCGAAUACACAAACUCGCGCGGUGGCGGUGUACAAGAGGCGCGCAUGACACAAUCCAUUCACGUGCCCAUCGACAUCGUGGUCGUGAUACCAGUAUCCUCAUCGAUGCAGGGCUUGAAGAUCAAUCUACUCCGCGACACCCUACGUUUUCUUGUCACCAACCUUGGCGACCGCGAUCGCAUGGGCUUGGUCACGUUUGGAUCGAGUGGAGGCGGUGUGCCGAUUGUUGGCAUGACGAGCAAGGCAUGGAAAGACUGGCCAAAGGUACUCGACUCCAUCCGGCCCGUCGGUCAGAAGAGCCUGCGCGCCGACGUGGUAGAUGGUGCCAAUGUUGCCAUGGACUUGCUCAUGCAGCGCAAAUCCAGCAAUCCGCUCUCGAGUAUUCUGCUCAUUAGCGACUCCUCGACAUCUGACACCGAAAGCGUCGACUUCGUCGUUUCCCGUGCGGAAGCUGCCAAGGUUUCUAUCCACUCUUUUGGCUUGGGACUGACUCACAAGCCUGAUACUAUGAUUGAAUUAUCCACUCGAACCAAAGCAUCAUACACCUAUGUAAAAGACUGGAUGAUGCUUCGCGAGUGUGUGGCCGGGUGCCUGGGCUCUCUGCAGACUACAUCUCACCAGAACGUCAAGCUUAAGCUGCGACUGCCUGAAGGGUCCCCAGCCAAGUUUGUCAAGAUCAGUGGCGCUCUGCAGAUUACAAAGCGAGCUACAGGGCGCGACGCUGAAGCAGCAUUGGGCGAUUUGCGCUUCGGCGACAAGAGGGACAUUUUGGUGCAGCUCGCUAUUGCUCCAGACUCUGGUUCCCCAGAGCAACUGCCACAAGAUCCUUGGGAGACGAUUGUGUCCGGUCUAGAAGCCCUAGGCGGACCACUAGACCAAGACGAUUCCCGCACGUUGAGUGUCGAGGAAGUACCUCUGAUACAAGCCGACCUUACCUAUGGCGACAUUCUUCGAGAAGGCACCCUUUCUCACCUUCCUAGACCAUCACUUCUCGCAAUCACCUUACUUCCUUCGGGGUCAAAGAAGAACUCCACCAAUGGACCACCAGGGACACCACCCAUCCCACCUCAUCCUCAUGUCGUACAGCGACGAAUGGAAUUGCUCACCUCAGAUAUGCUGACACGCGCCCUAACGCUUGUGUCGCGCGGACAACACGAACGAGCACAUCACCUACUCAAGGAGACGCGCAGUAUCCUAAAAGGAUUGGGCAAGGGAGGUCUCCCACCAUUACCACCGCCUGGUCACCGACGCAACGAUGCCUCCAGUGCCGCGGGCAGCACUGGUAGCUCGUCACCCACACCACAUAGCCAACACGGCGAACUGCGCCCCCGAACACCUUCACCCCAUGCCGACAGCCCCUUUACGCCCGCAGCUGGUAUUGACGCUAGAACGAUGCACGCACUCGAUGCCGAAUUGGAGUCCAGCUUAGAAUGGAUCAAUCACCCAGCUGUGUUUGGAAGGGACUCUCGCAAGGCUGUCCUCCAGGCGAUAGGUGUCAUUUCAUCUCAACGCGCAUACACGUUCAGAUCGCCAUCCGAGUCACUUUGGGCAGAGCGCAUUUCAGGCGUCAAGCGCUUGGCAGAACGCUCUCGCGAUUGGCGAGAGGCGGGCGAUCAAGAGGCGUUGAUGGAAGAGACGUAA